AAUCUGACCACUCUGGAUUGAACUCAUACUGUUUCAGUACCUCUGUACAGACUCUGUACCUCGAUCGGCUCACGGUUCGUUAUCUUAUCGGUAUCCAUGUGCUUAUCGCUUAUCGAGAAAUCUCCCAUCAGCCACACUGGAGAGAGAAUCACAGCCACAGAGAGCCCACCCCCACUUGCUUUGUCAAUUCACCUUAUCAAGCCACUCGCGUAGGGUUUUUGCACACACCAAAAAAUUGACUGGAUCUCUCAUUCAUUGCAAUCCCGGAUCUUGAAGAGUGCCAGCGCCAGCCAACUUCACAAUACACCACGCCCAUCAUCCCACUCCUCCCAACGUCUUGUCGCCCAACAACAAACCGCCAAGAUGUUGAUUCCCAAGGCUGACCGCAAGAAGAUCCACGAGUACCUCUUCCGUGAGGGCGUGAUGGUCGCAAAGAAGGACUACAACCUUCCCAAGCACCCCGAUAUCGACACCAAGAACCUCUACGUCGUUAAGGCCGCCCAAUCCCUCACCUCGCGCGGUUACGUCAAGACCCAGUUCUCCUGGCAAUACUACUACUACACCCUGACCCCCGAGGGUCUCGACUACCUCCGCGAGUGGCUACACCUCCCUGCCGAGAUUGUCCCGGCUACACACAUCAAGCAGCAGCGAUCGCAUGCUCCUCCCCGUGGAAUGAUGGGCGGCGAGGGCGAGCGUGAGCGCAGACCGUUCGGCCGUGGCCGUGGUGGUGACCGUGGUGACCGUGAGGGUGGAUACCGACGACGGGAUGCUGGAGAGGGCAAGGAGGGUGGUGCUCCUGGUGAAUUCAACCCUCAAUUGUGAGUUAUGCCCCCUAUCGAUAUGCUCGUCUCGA